AUAAAACUGUUUAAUAUAGUAGAUGUACUCGUUCGGUGAUUAAACGUCAAUGUAACUCAUAUAAAGAUUUAUUAAUUUUAAAAUACAUUUGCCACAUUAUGGAACGUGGAUUAUUUAACAUCCUGUUUCUAAUAACAACAUUCUCCAUAAAUGUAUGUAAAAGUGACACUGAUCAUGCAUCAUAUAGACUUCCUGAAGAAGUGGUUCCAAUUUCCUAUGAUCUUUGGCUAUUCACUCGACUAGGCUAUAAUGAUUUCAAUUAUAAAGGAUACGUGAACAUAUCACUGAAUGUCCUCAACAAAACAGAUGUUAUAGUGGUGCACAAUGAUGGUCUGCUUAUUCAAGAAAAAAGCUCUAUACUUUAUAAUGUAACAAGUAAAUUAAACGAAUCAAUUGUUCCAAUUGCUAAUCAAAGUUCUGACACAGAAAGGCAAUUUUAUAUUUUGAAAUUCUCAUUUAAAUUGGAAGUUGGAGUGUAUCAUUUGGUGCUAUACUUUGAGGGCGAGGUACAGGAUGAUGUCUUUGGAUUUUAUAGGAGUUCUUAUGUGGACGAUACAAAAACAAAGUGGAUGGGAAUUACCCAGUUUUCACCCACUAAUGCAAGACGAGCAUUUCCGUGUAUGGAUGAACCUCAUUUGAAAGCUUCUUUUAUUCUACACAUUGGUCAUACUGGAAAUCAAACUACAACGAGUAAUACUGUGCCCCAAAGUACAAUUAAACAUUCAAACAGUGAAAAUUAUUAUGUAACAACAUUUGCACCAACACCAAAGAUGUCCACGUACCUGGUAGGAUGGUCAGUCCACGACUUUGUCUCAGAAACAUCAACCUUUUCAAAUAAUUUGAAGAUAUGGACACGAAGAUCCAUGAACCAUCGUGGAUCAAUCUCACUAUACCAAAGUUUAUCCAUAUACACGUUUUUGAGAAAGUACCUUUUGAUUGAAAAUCCUAUUUCAAAAUUGGACGAAAUUGCUGUGCCUGAUUUUCAUUUCAAUGCAAUGGAAAACUGGGGGAUGAUCACGUUUAGGGAGCCAGUGGCGUUGUACGAAGGUGGUGUUACUGGUACCAAGAAAAUGGUUGAUGGAUUUACGACUAUGGCCCAUGAGUAUGCCCAUACAUGGUUUGGGAAUCUUGUCACACCCAGAUUUUGGGACGUUGUUUGGCUCAAAGAGGGUUUUGCCUCGUAUUUUCAAUACUUUGCACUGUCUAAGGUACAACCAUCUUGGGGAAUGAUGAACAAGUUCGUUGUGGAUGUACUGCAGCCUACUUUGCUUGGGGACUCGGAGAACCAUACUCGAACCAUGAAUGGACGUAAUGUGGGCAGUCCUAGCAGUAUUAUGGCUAUGAUGGACUUUGUUUCGUAUAAGAAAGGAGCAUCUAUAAUCCGAAUGCUUUCCCAUGUGAUGGGAGAUUUAGCUUUCCAAGAAGGUCUACAAAGUUAUUUAAAAAAUAUGUCGUAUAAAGCAGCAACGCCAUCAGAUCUGUAUCAACACCUGCAAGCUUCUUUAAAUAAUUCGAAUCAACUAGAGGAUGGUGUUCUUAUUAAAGAUUUCAUGGAAUCAUGGACAAAUAAACCAGGAUUUCCUUUGGUAACUGUUACAAGAACCUACAAUAACUCAUCAGUGUUAAUAAAUCAUCAGCCGUUCCAUCAAUAUCCAUCAUCAAAAAAUCGAUCUGACUGGUGGAUACCACUCAACUUUGCUACAAAAUCAAUCAAUGAUUUCUCUAAUACUGGACCUAGCCAUUGGUUGAGUCCUGAAGAAACUCUAAUACUUUUGGGUACUGCUUCACCAAAUGACUGGAUUAUUUUUAAUAUUCAACAAACUGGAUACUAUCGAGUGAAUUAUGAUGAAAGAAAUUGGAAAAUGCUAAUUGAUUAUUUGAAGUCUGAAAAUUACAGGAAGAUUCAUAAAGUGAAUAGAGCUGCUCUGAUAGAUGAUGCUUUCAAUUUGGCUAGAGCAGGGCAUUUGAAUUAUUCCAUCCCUUUCAAUCUUUCUAAUUACCUGAUUCAAGAGACUGAUUAUGAACCAUGGGUGGCUGCUGUAAAUAGUUUCAAAUUUUUAAAUAAAAUGUUAAGUAGCUUGCCAGAUAUGCAACAAUCUUUCCAGGAACAUGUGACUCAGUUGUUACAACCUAUGUAUGAAGAAUUGAGUUUUAAUGAAUCUCUGAACGAAGACAUUACGACAAAAUUAAGUCGCGAAUUGAUAUUAUCUACUUCCUGUUUGGUAGGCAAUGCUCAUUGUUUGACGACUUCUGAAAUGCUGUUUCGGAGCUGGAUUGCUUCCCCUAAUAAAUUGAUACCGAAAGAUUUGAAGAGUUUUGUUUACUGCGAAGGAAUACGAGCCGGAGACUACGAGGAUUGGUACACCUUGCUGAAGAGAUGGCAAUCAACCGAUCUGCACACCGAGUAUGAAGUACUCUUGCAAGCUCUUGGCUGUACUCGAAACACUACUUUAAUCAACGAAUAUUUUCAAUUAUCAAUCUCAGAACCUAGUGUUCGAAAGCAAUACAGAUUCACUAUAAUAAGUGCAAUUAUAGAUGGGAAUACCAGAAACGUCGAUUACGUAUUAGCAUUGGUCGAAAUAAAUGUACAAACAAUUAUCAAGAGGAGGGGACAUGAUUUUUUGAGCAAAACAAUUAAUGCGAUCGGUAAUGCGAUAACAACAGCGGAACAAGUAUCAAAGUUACAUUCGUUUGUCGAUGGACACUAUAACGAACUUGGAUCUGCGUUAAAGGGUGCGAAACAGGCAGUUACCAAGGCUUCAGAAACAGUGGAAUGGAUUAAAAAUGUCUUACCUAGUAUGGAGGCACAUUUUAACUCCAACACAACAAUAGGGUCAUUUUGACUCCUAAUUUGUUUAAUAAAAUAGCAAAGGUACAAUUGGAAUGUAAUCGCCAGGAACAGUUACUUUGAGGCAGCUGCAUAUCUCUUAAUGAUUUUUUUAUUUCAGUUUUCAAAAUUCUAUACUUUAAAAUUUAAUAAAAACUGAGUAUAUAUGGAGAAUGUUAACGAACGUCUUUCAGGUUUUUAUUUUAUCACAGGAAGAAGAGAUUAUUUUUUGAAACCUUGAAAGAUAAUUUUAAAUCUAUUUAUGAUAGACAAAAGAUAUCAAAUUUCAAAAGAAAUAUUUUCGACUUAUACAAAUGUAUUGUACUUCCUGUUCCUAUUUUCUAGAAUAAUAAUCAACAAUAUCUCCUUUUUUUUCAUAAAAUAUAUUUUCUUAAAUCUAUGUAAUUAAAAACCAAGAAUGUGGUAUAUUCUGUAAAUAAAAAAAUUGAAAUAACA